AUGGAUAGACUCAUAAUACGCAUUGGUGCUGUCACCACUGUACUUGCUUUGGCAGUCGACCCUUUUACACAACAGCUCGUUCAAUAUCAGCAACGUUCUGUCCCUCGCGAGAUUGGAGAAAUGCCCAGUGUCCCCAGAUCAGAUCGUUAUUCCAGGGGUCGACUAUUCAAUACUCAACUUACCAUGGUGUCAAGUGAUCCACCCAUAGCGCAGGCGUUUGUGGACGCUGAUUUUACCAUGCAGGCCGCUGUUCUAUACGGUCUUACGCAGCCUAUUGAAAUGACCACUCAGCAACUUCCUCACAAGUGCGCAUCAGGAAAUUGUACCUGGGAUGCGUUUGAAUCCCUCUCGGUUUGUUCUGUCUGCAACGACCUCAGCGAUAAAGUAGUUGAAUACAGAGAUUACAAUGUUCUCUACACAGACCUACAAACUGAUAACGGUGUUGGAAUAUUAGAAAUGGGUACUGCAUUCCGACUUCCCAACGGCCUUUUUAUUGAUGGUUUUGAUGGCUGGAAUUACACCGAUAAAUAUGUAUCUCUCAAACUUCCCGGCGGUAUUUUCAUGACGACAUAUGGGACAGGCAAUGUUAGCGAGACGGUGUCGCUACAAGAUGUUGAUACUUUGAUCUGGGCUGUGACCUUUCUCAAAGUACAUCCUCCACAAAAUACGUCAGCUGUCUGGCCGAAUCUACCUCUGGAGGCACGAGAAUGUGGCUUAUACUAUUGUGUCAAUAGUUAUAAUUCGUCUGUCUUGUCGGGAACUCUAUCUGAAGAAGUUUCUGAAGUAACGAGUGCAACGCGAGAUCCGGAUUCAUGGCAGGUCACAAGCUCGAGAUGGGCUGCUGUUCUUAAUUCAUCCAUUGUUUCGAGUCUAGAGUUCAACAAUAAAUUGUCCGCCGCGCCUCGAUCCGAUCUUUCUCUGGGCGGAAAGUACAAUGUCUCACAGACUGCUGUCAACAGCAUUAGUAGUUAUGUCAGCGAUUUGUUUUCUACAAGCAUCAACAUAACCCACAAUGUUACUGCAACUCAACAAGCAAGAUUAAAUGGUUACAUCAUGUCUGAUGGUAAUCUCCAAUACAAACCCAGCUCUAUGCAAGCUUUCAACACGAGCAAUGACCUUCCAGCUACAUUUGCGUCUCUUGCAAAAAGCAUGAGCAACUCCAUCCGUGCUAACGACGACGGUCAAAAGGCACAAGCUGGCAUAAACUACGAAGUAGUCACUUUUUAUAAAAUCGAAUGGGAAUGGAUAUCCCUACAUUGUUUUUUCAUUAUUGCCGCAACUGUUUUCGUCGCUCUCACAAUAUAUCAGACCAGAAUGCGAGGAACGCCCGCAUGGAAGUCGAGCUCUCUUGCAGUUCUUUCUAGAGGCCUUGUGAUAGGCCAGACGUUUAGAGGCGCAGAGACGAUGGCUGAGUUAACCCGAAGGGCAAAGAGUGAAAGAGCGUGUUUAUAUGGAAGCUAUAGUGAGCUGCAGCAACGCCGUGAGGAUGUCGAGUUGGAGGAAAUAAUUUUGGGGUCGUCAGAUAGCUCGCAGAUGGUCAAGGGGGCACGGUCGUCGGUGAGAUGA